UAGGGCCGCGAUGGCGGAUGCCUGGGAAGAGAUCAGGCGGUUGGCGGCUGACUUCCAGCGGGCGCAGUUCGCCGAGGCUACGCAGAGAUUGUCAGAGCGGAACUGCAUUGAGAUUGUGAAUAAAUUGAUUGCUCAGAAACAGCUAGAAGUAGUUCACACACUUGAUGGGAAGGAAUAUGUUACUCCAGCACAAAUUAGUAAAGAAAUGAGAGAUGAACUACAUGUCCGAGGUGGUCGAGUAAACAUUGUUGAUCUGCAACAGGUAAUUAAUGUGGACCUGACUCAUAUUGAAAAUAGAAUUGGUGACAUUGUUAAGUCAGAAAAGCAUGUUCAACUAGUGUUGGGACAACUGAUAGAUGAGAACUAUUUGGAUCGGUUAGCAGAGGAGGUAAAUGAUAAAUUGCAAGAAAGUGGUCAGGUAACCAUAUCAGAACUAUGUAAAACCUAUGAUCUUCCUGGAAACUUUCUGACACAGGCACUAACUCAGCGACUAGGUAGAAUUAUUAAUGGACACAUUGAUCUUGAUAACAGAGGAGUAAUAUUUACUGAAGCUUUUGUAGCUCGACAUAAAGCACGCAUCCGUGGACUGUUCAGUGCUGUUACUCGGCCUACAGCAGUGAAUUCUUUGAUUUCAAAAUAUGGAUUUCAAGAGCAGCUUUUUUACUCUGUGCUUGAGGAACUUGUUAAUAGUGGACGCUUACGAGGCACUGUGGUUGGUGGGAGACAGGAUAAGGCGGUGUUUGUCCCUGAUAUUUACUCCAGAACACAGAGUACUUGGGUGGAUUCCUUUCUCAGGCAGAAUGGCUAUCUAGAAUUUGAUGCUUUGUCCAGACUUGGAAUCCCAGAUGCUGUGAGCUACAUAAAAAAAAGAUACAAGACUACACAACUCUUGUUUUUGAAAGCAGCUUGUGUUGGUCAGGGCCUGGUGGAUCAGGUGGAAGCGUCAGCAGAGGAAGCCAUCAGCUCUGGAACAUGGGUUGAUAUCUCACCUCUGCUACCCAGUUCUUUAUCAGUUGAAGAUGCUGCAAUGUUGCUUCAACAAGUAAUGAGAGCAUUUAGCAAACAGCCUUCAGCUGUAGUCUUUAGUGACACUGUUGUAGUCAGUGAAAAAUUUAUAAAUGACUGUACAGAACUGUUCAGUGAACUGAUGCACCAAAAAGCUGAAAAGGAAAUGAAAAAUAAUCCUGUUCAUUUAAUCACUGAAGAAGAUCUGAAACAAGUCUCUAUUUUAGAAAACAUUAAUACAAGUAAAAAGGAUAAAAAAGAUGAACGAAGAAGGAAAGCAACAGAGGGCAGUGGGAGUGUGAGAGGAGGAGGUGGUAGCAAUGCCAGAGAGUACAAAAUUAAAAAAAUCAAGAAGAAAGGAAGAAAAGAUGAUGACAGUGAUGAUGAAUCAUCUCACACUGGAAAGAAGAAGCCAGAGAUCACUUUUAUGUUCCAGGAUGAGAUUGAAGAUUUUUUAAGAAAACACGUGCAAGAUGCCCCUGAGGAGUUUAUUUCUGAACUUGCUGAGUACUUAAUAAAACCCCUUAAUAAAAUUUACCUCGAGGUGGUACGUUCAGUAUUCAUGUCUUCAACAACUUCUGCCUCUGGAACUGGCAGAAAGCGCACAAUCAAGGACUUGCAAGAAGAAGUUUCAAACCUAUACAAUAAUAUUCGAUUAUUUGAAAAAGGGCUGAAGUUCUUUACAGAUGAUACACAGACUGCUCUUACCAAGCAUUUGCUAAAGACUGUAUGUACUGAUGUCACUAAUCUCAUUUUCAACUUCUUAGCUUCGGAUUUAAUGAUGGCAGUUGACGAUCCUGCAGCCAUUACAAGUGAAGGAAGAAAAAAAAUUUUAAGUAAAUUAUCAGAAGAAACUAAAGUAGCCCUCACAAAACUCCAUAGCUCCCUGAAUGAAAAGAGCAUAGAAGACUUUCUUUCUUGUCUGGAUUCUGCAGCAGAAACUUGUGAUAUUAUGGUAAAAAGGGGAGACAAAAAAAGGGAAAGGCAGAUACUAUUCCAGCAUCGACAAGCAUUGGCUGAACAGCUAAAAGUCACAGAAGACCCUGCUCUUAUUCUGCACCUCACUUCAGUCCUGUUGUUUCAGUUCUCAACCCACAGCAUGCUCCAUGCACCUGGAAGAUGUGUCCCUCAGAUCAUUGCUUUUCUUAGUAAUAAAAUUCCAGAGGAUCAGCAUACUCUUUUGGUUAAGUAUCAAGGUUUGGUUGUAAAGCAUUUAGUUAAUCAAAAUAAGAAGACUGGGCCAGGAGAUGAUCCCUUGAGUGAUGAAUUAGACAAAGAACAAGAAGAUAUCACCAGUACUACUCGUAAAGAGCUUCAAGAACUUUCUUCAUCUAUUAAAGACCUUGUUCUCAAAUCCAGAAAAUCAUCUGUUACAGAAGAGUAAUAAUAUUAAUUUACUUUUUCCAUAUAGAAAAUAUUUUCCCAAAGUUAGUGGUGAGUGGUUUUAAAAAAAAUAUAUUCAUAAUCCUUGAUCCCUGUACCAGCCCCUCCCACACACACAAUUUUGUUAAAACAGUAGUAUUAUAUUCAAUGUAAAUCUUAUAAAAAUGCAAACUUUUGUAAAUUGUGUUCUCCACAGAUUUCUUUUUGACAUUAUAUUUCUAAAAAUUAUAUAUUUUAGGUUUAUUUUCUUUCCAGCUGCUGAGUGAAGAAUAAAUUUCCUGAUAUCUUUCAUUUCUAGAAAAGAGCUCAUUUGUUGUGUUAUUAGAUUUCAAGCAACAUUAUUAUAUUUAUACAUAUUAGAAACUUAAAAAGUGGUCUUUUUUAAAAAAAAAAGAAAAAACUCUCCACAUUUCAAAACCAAAAAUUGCAUAUUUUAUUCUAAAAUUAAUAGAGAAUGCUUCAAACUUAAAAUAUAGAAAUUUGCAAAAUAUGUAUACAUAUAUUUUUUAUCACCUUGCCGUUAUUUCUGGCAGAUUAUCCCGUCUCCUCCACAGAAGUAAAUUUAUGUGAUUGAGGGCUUAAGGGAUGCAGAAGAACACCUAGCGGAGCUCUAUUCUAAAACAAGAUGCUAACAAGAGUAAGAGAAAAAAUAAAACACUGCUAGUAGGCGUAAGUCACAUUUUAACAUUGAGAUAACUAAAAAUUUUGUGCAAAUAUUUUUCUUUAACCCAGGUUGCAUUUCUAAAUUUCAUUUAAUAUAUCAGUAGUCACUCUAGCACCUAAUUGUUGUAGGGUGGUUUAUAAGUACAUUUAAAUCACUGAAACUCUUUUUUUCAAAAACUGAAAUCCUUUUAAAAAGAGGUAUUCUUGUUUUCUAAAGAUUAUUAGUAGUUACAACUAAACUAAAUAAACUAAACAAAUUAAAACCAAAAUAAUUCUUUGGAGUAAUCAAUUGAACUUAAUGAGUUUUAAGCAACAAUUUAUUACAUAUCAAAAAAGAAUUUAACUUGAUUAUAACAGUAAAUCAAAUCUCAAAUAUUAAAAACAUACUAUUUUAUAUAAUUCCUUAUAUGGCAUUUAAAACUGUUUUAAAAUGUGUGAAUACAAAGAUCAGUCUACCUCUGAUUCUAGGCAGAGUUAAUACUGAGUGAAAGGAAUUAUAUAAUUGCAGACUAAUUAUUAAAAUUGAUAGGAAUGUAACAAAUUUUAAAAUGUUUUUUCAUUGGUAAUUUUUUAUUAAUGUAUUUUCAUAUGAGCAACAAAAGAAAUAUGACAAAUCCUCUGUGACCACAAACUUCUAUUAGUUUUAUUUGUUUAUUCAGCUUCCAAAAUAUUAAACACCAACAUAAUUUUUUUAUUCAGUCUUAAGAACUUUAUGUUUCAGCAGGUACCAAAGUAAUCCAUAUCUUUUGUCAAACUAGAUCAAAGAUAAUCAAAAAAACAUUCAGACUUUCUUAAUUUGUGAAAAUAAAAAUAGAAGAGAUGAUGAAGCAAAUAAAAAGAAAACCAUUCUCUUCUUUGCAUUAAAUAUUUUCAUUUAUCAAAAUG